AUGACUACUACAGUAUUUGUUUCCGGGGCCACUGGGUUCAUUGCUCAACACAUCAUCAAGUUGUUACUUGAAAAGGGCUACCAUGUGGUUGGUACUGUUAGAUCUACUGAAAAGGGAGACUCUUUGAAGGCCUCCUUAAACAGUGACAACUUUAGUUACGAGAUUGUACCAGAUAUUGGAGUUGAAGGAGCAUUUGACGAGGCAUUAAAGAAACAUCCAGAAGUCACUGUAUUCUUACAUACUGCAUCCCCAUUCCAUUUCAAGACCACUGACCCUGAAAAGGAUUUGUUGUUACCUGCUAUUAAUGGUACUAAGAAUGCCUUGAGCUCAAUUAAGAAAUAUGGUCCUCAAAUCACCAAUGUGGUUGUGACUUCAUCUUAUGCUGCUAUUUCAACUGCUGAAAUGGAAAAUGAUCCUUCUCAUACUAAUAAUGAAGAUUCUUGGAAUACAGUUAGUUGGGAACAAGCCAUUUCUAAUCCAGUUCAUGGUUAUAGAGGCUCCAAGACUUUUGCUGAAAAGGCAGCAAGAGAUUUCGUUGAACAAGAAAAGCCUAACUAUGUUUUGGCUACCAUUAACCCUUCAUUCGUAUUUGGACCUCAAGCUUUCUCCAGUCAAGUUGGUGAUGUUUUGAAUACUUCAUCUGAAAUUAUUAAUAAUUUAUUGAAAUUGGGGCCAGAUGGAACCAUUCCUCCAACUGUAGGAGGAUUCGUUGAUGUUAGAGACGUCGCUCUUGCUCAUUUGGUUGCAUUUGAAAAGCCAGAAGCUAAGAAUUCCAGAUUAUUAUUGAACUCUCAAAGAUUCAAUAGUCAAUCUAUUCUUGAUGUUUUGAAUAAGAGUUUCCCUCAAAUUAGAGGUAAAAUCCCCGUGGGAAUUCCUGGUUCUGCUCCAGAAGCUUUAGCUAAAAUGUGUAAAAUCGAAAACGAAAGAACAAGAGCAUUGAUUGGUCAACCAUUGAUUGAAUUAGAACAAUCUGUUGUUGAUUCCGUGCAACAAAUUCUUGACACCAAGCCAGAUCUCUUUGCUUAA